AUGAAUUCCACCGAUGUGCCAUUUAUCGAUCAAUGGUUCAAAGGUUUACCUGCUAUCUACAUCGUUUUCAUUGGAAUCUGUAGCUGUGUGUUUAUUGCCAUUACGGUAGCUACCGUACUGAUGGCCAUGAGAGUGCAUUUUCACGUACCAAACGAAUACGUUCAGGGAGAUCUGUACUUCAUUAUAUUUGUACCUUUCAUUGUUUCUGGAAUGUGCCUUAUUGGAAAUAUCAUACCACGAGCAGCACCAGUAACCUACGCUGUAGGCUUGAUGUGCUUUACUUUGACGUUCGACCUUAUUGCUGUUGCUGCCAUUGUUUGCCUGGAAUGGACUAAGGUACGGCGUCUUACUUACUUCGUAAGGCAAUCUCCGCUUGUUCGAGUAUUUCUGCAAGUCGUCAUUGUAAUUGUCAGUAUCGAAGGCGUUUCUGAUGGAUCAGCGGUUCUCCAAAUCCUCAAUGGUCUCGGAGUCGCCUCAACUUUGAUUGCUGUCUACAUUUGCCAUGUGAUUGUAACUGCAACUCGGGAUGUACUUACCCCAUACAACAUGUACGUAAUAUUUCGUUGUGUGGAUACGACUCAAAUGCUCUACACCUUCCAAAAGUUCAUACUGGAUUUGAUAGCAAAAAAUGGUGGAAUGGGAGGUCUUCCAAUGGCUACACCGCCAAUGGUAGCGCGCUUCUGGCACAAUGUGGCGAUGACAUUCGAGGUUGGAAUUGUAUGCGUAGUGAUGUUCAGGAAUAUUGGACCAGGCAAAAGCGCUUUCUUCGCGGAACAGAACGAAGCUGUUCAUGUCUGUCAUCCCAUGCCUCUGGCCAAUCUCUGA